AUGUUUAUAGUAGCACUUGUGAUAAAUAUAACUGUAUUGUGUAGUAUUUUAAUUAUUACGCAUUCACAGUGCUGCUGUUUGCGACAAGAAAGCGUUCGUCUUUGUAAAAAAGUAUUUGUCGGAGACAAUUUAGCGAAACCGAAAUCCUUUAUAAAUGAUAUACGGGCUAUUGAAAAAUCAGGAAUUUCUAUUGAAAAUCCCUCUGAUAACAUGCAAAGAUAUUUUACUUUGUUCGUAAUUGAUAUUGAUGUGUACAAACGGCAAUAUGAGACGAUGACAACAACAGCUUUUAUGGGAUUAAAGAAUAAUCACGAUAAUCUUGCUACUGGCAAUAAAAACUCUUAUGAAUAUUUAAAUCAGUACGUACAAGUUAUUUAUGCUGCCUAUAAUAUUCCUGCUAGUUGUUUUAAGUCUUCGAUUUAUUGUAGACCGGAUGAUUUGCAUUUAGUUAGUCAGCCUUAUUGUUCUAGUGAAUAUGAUGAAUAUAAUCGCAUACGAGUAGUUCUCUUAGAACAAGUCAUGAACAGUAUGCCAGCAGUUAUACGAAUGACAAAUAAAACCAAUUACAGAGAUUUCUAUGAUCCAGCCCACUACAAAGGCUAUCCAUUUAGAAUAAAUGAAUACUACUAUCAAAGGUGUAAACGUUCAAUGCAGUAUGAUAUGUUUAUGCUUAAUCAUGGUGAAUAUCUUUCUAGUAAUUAUGAUAUUAAUUUAAGAGAAAGAGUAAGUCAAUUUUUCAGUGGACAUGACAAUACUACAACUGAAAGUAUUCGUAGUACUAUAGUGGAUUACUUCCCGAAAUUAAUCAUUACAAAUGAAACUAUUCAAUAUGAAGAGUCGACAUGUUUUUUAUGGGGAGAAUGGCGUGGAAGACUAUCACACAUCCCAUCUUUAUUUGAAAUUCAUCGUUCAUGUAAUAAUGAUCCAAUGAGAUGGGAAAAAGAACACCAAAUUCAUGGAAGUAAUUUAACUGACUACUUAAUCAAACGUGCUAAUCAAUGGUUUACUUUUGCUAAAAUUAACUAUGUUCAUUUAUUCAUGCAUGAAAAACGUGCAUCACAGCUGCAAGUAUUAUUGUCAAGGAACAUAAAAGAGUUAUUUAAUAGCAGAAUAAGAUAUCGAGCUGCGAAAUGCAUAAGGAUUGUAUCAAGGUUAUAUUUAUUUGAACAACUCCUUAGAAAAUUUGAUUAUAUUUGGGAGCCUAUUGCCCCUUAA